AUAUUUUAGCACUGCUCACAGCAUUUAAUAUAAAUUUAGAUACAUUCAAGAUCUACAUGAAGGGGUAUAUGUGUUAAGAAGAAGAAUUUAGAGAGAUAUAGGCCGAGGGUUUGGGAAUGGGAUUAAGUUUGAAUAUUCAUUUUGAUCUCACGGACACGGUCCUUUCCCGUGCUGCACAACGCAAUGGCACAAGCGGAACGAAUAUUACGCCCCUCCAGCUGAUGAGUUGCCCGGAUCAUUUAGCGGUGGACUCAUCACUGCGGACUGUACCACCGGGAGAAAAGGGAUGAAUUGAUUUUUCAGAUGAACGUUUCGGACUCUGACCCUGGGUCUGGCCGCUAACUCUCCACGUAUCUGGUUGUUUAUCCUCUACGUAUUGAGUAUAAGCUGGGAGUUGUGCGGAGAGACUUCAGAGUUGGGAGCCGGUGGUGAGGUGUUCAUCAGUCACACCCUCCCUGGGACGAGGUGCCGGGGUCCCAGUCCGCGAUGACGGCGCCGGCGCUGGUGCUGCUCUUCAGCGGGAAGCGAAAGUCGGGCAAGGACUUUGUCACCGACUCCAUCCAGAGCAGGUUGGGUGCUGAGAACUGUACCAUUCUGAGACUAUCGGCUCCCAUUAAGGAGCAGUAUGCCAAGGAACACGGAUUGGACCUCAACCGGUUACUGGGCCCCAGUGAGUACAAGGAGCGGUACCGAGCGGAGAUGAUCUGCUGGGGAGAGGAGCAGCGCGUUCGAGACCCGGGGUACUUCUGUCGCUUAAUUGUAAGGGACGUGAAGUCGCCUGUCUGGAUGAUCAGUGAUACCCGCCGGCACUCGGACCUGGAGUGGUUCCGGACACAGUACGGCAGCGCUGUGCAGGCGGUGCGAGUGGUGGCCUCGCAAGAGACACGACAACAGAGGGGCUGGACGUUCACCGCGGGUGUGGAUGACCGGGAAUCGGAGUGUGGACUGGACAAUGGGGUCCACUGGGACUGGGUCCUGAACAACGACGGGACGUCCCAGGAGCUGGAGACGCAGCUGCAGCCUCUGCUGGAGUUUAUCCGAAACCGUCUGGCCCAGGCAGGGCACUGAGGGCAGGAGACCAGGCCGUCCCGUCGCCGUUGUAUCUGGCAUUGAUGGAGCUGCACCCACAGUGGCCUGUGCGGUGGGAGCCAUUCUCUGAUAGGAGAGAGGCCCCAAAGCUGUGAAAUAUGUGGGAAAGAUGUGAGGGGAUGUUGCCUGAAUCAGAUGCGAGAGAAUUGUGGUGGCCGGAGGGGGUCACAGAGACAGG